GGGGCUACAUGUGUCGCUCUGCCCAUAAGAGUUAAGGGUUAGGCGUGACGUCAUUAUAUUGCUAUUAACCAAUGAGACAAGUUGUGGGCGGAGCGAUACAUGUAGCCCCGUCAAAAGUGCGGCCCCGCCCGGUUCUGCCGGCUACAGCCAGGACCUUCUCGAUACACUUGGAGUAACGAGCUGAACCGGUAAACCGGCAGCAUUGUACCCGUGUGCUUCUCCAGUGCACGCGCUUCCGCCACACAGCUACAGUCAUACUUAACCAUCAGAGUGCAAACCGAGACAUGGCUGCGAACCGGGUGGGAAGACGGCAUAACAGCAAAGUGCAUUCACCCAGCAGAGGUUCGGGUCGGGAAUCAGGACUGAGUGUGCAAAAGAGACAAGCCCGAGUUACAGUGAAAUAUAACAGAAAGGAGCUGCAGAGGCGUCUGGAUGUGGAGAAGUGGAUAGACACGGGGCUAGACGAGCUCUACUUGGGAAGGGAAGAGCACAUGCCAGAGGAGGUGAAUAUUGAUGAGCUUUUGGACCUGCAGAGUGAUGAGGAGAGGACCAAAAGGCUCCAGGAUAUUCUCCAUUCCUGUAAUACUAACACAGAAGUAUUUAUUAAGGAGCUGGUCCUGAAGCUUCAUGGGCUGCAGAAACAGGAAGACCUCCACAAUGACGGCAUUGAGCAUCCUCAGCUCCACAUCUUCCCCGAUCGCCAAAACUCUGCCAAUUCUGAAAUACUUUAAGAUGCACUGACAGUGCCCCCUGCUUGUAUGGACAGACCAUUUCCUGUUUAACCCAACCACUGAAACACUGCUGUUUAGUUUUAGUGUUGUAAUUUUAACCGAGACCUCAACUGAAAUGCAUGAUCAUCCAGAAGGAUCUAAUUCAGCACUCAAACAGACACAAAACAGACACACGCAUCUAUUUAUUGACUUUUAAGAUGACAAUUAAUGCCUGGUUGUAUAAACCAAAUUUCACAAGUAAAUAAGAAUGAGAUUUUUUUUUUCAUGAGCAGUUUUCAGCUUUUUUCUAGUAAAUGUUGAAGGUUUAAGUGGUUUGUACACACUUUCUUCAUGUGGUCCCUGUAUGAGUUGUGAGACUUUUCCGCUUCUUGUGGUAACCACUAGUUUCUAUGCCAUGUGGGACCUUUGGUUUUGUAGAAUCAAACUAUAUCAUAUGAGACCUUGGAACUCUAGGUGUCUUAUUUUGAAUGCAUAAAUGAGUUAUAAAUAUAUAUAAUUUAUAAAAGUUAAUUACAUGCAAAUUAAUAUAAGUAUGUGAGAAGGUUUCAUACAAAAAUAUCAACUAAUUAAUGUUUGACCUUAUUGGUAGUCAAAACUUUAUGGCUCAACAUUUUAAAAUGAUAGAAAUGUUACAUAGACCCUUAUCAUUCCAAGCUCUUGAAUGGCUCUUGUCAUAAUGUAAUGUAAUUUUCAUAAUGUAAUGUUUUAAGUUGUACAAUCCAUAAGCAUAUCCUGUGUUGAAGUGACUCUGUGCUCACCUGAGAUUUUGACUCAAAAGGGAACUGUAGGUGCUGGUUCGAUCAUGGUGAUUUUACUGUGCAAGACCAAAGAUUUUUAUUUAAUAUGUUUCAUUUUAAUGUGUAUUUAAAGUCUUUAUGACUACUUUGUUUGUUCUGAUUGUUUUAUUAUUAUUAUUACUAUUUCAUUCCCCUUCAGUAGCCUAUCACAGGAACACUGGGAACGAAGCAGAUUAUGAGGCAUUUAGAGUAACCAGUCCACCUUCCAACCUGUUUUUUCGGAGGGAGGAAACCGGAGACCCCAGAGGAAAGCCAUUUGAAGGAGAGAACAUGUGAACUUUCACACAGGCAAUCAACUGGAGCUGUGAGCCGUUAUUAUUAAUAUUAUUUUGUCAAGAAGAGGCAAAGGAAAUCAUACCGUUUCCAUCCAUCCAUUUUCUAUACCGCUUAUCCUACUGGGUCACGGGGAACCUGGAGCCUAUCCUAGGGAGCAUCGGGCGCAAGGCAGGGCACACCCUGGACAGGGUUUAUACCGUUUCAUUAAAUGGAAUAUGAUUUACAUGCAUUUUAAACUGAUCAAUAUCAGUGUUACAUUUUAAUUCACAUAAACAUGUACAAUACAUCUGGAUUUUUACUUAUAUAUUUACACAAAGCUCUGAUGAAGGCUUGGUUUCUUAAUGAAGUCAUGAGGUAUUAAUUUAUUGGCUGCUGCUACUUCUACAUAAAAAGCUGCUUGAGAUCACACUUAUAUCAACAUAUAUUCACUCACUGUCCACUUUAUUAUGUACACCUGUUCAUUCAUACAGUUAUCUAAUCAUCCAAUCAUGUAGCAGUAGAACCAUGCAUAAAAUCAUGCUUCAGUUAAUGUUCACAUCAAACAUCAGAAUGAGGAACAAAUGUGAUUAUUGGGGGGAAAAAACAUUGCCUGGUCUUUUUAACAACCUUCAAUCUUUUUAACUUUAGCCUCAAAUUCCUGUUCUUGGCUAACAGGAGAGGAACCCAAUAUUGUCUACAGCAUGCUUUGCAUUCUGAACUGCUCACCAUGGUUGUAAAGAGUAAUUAUUUGAGUUACUAUAGCCGUCCUGUCAGCUCGAACCUGUCUGGCGAUUCUGCUUUGAGCUCUCUCUGUUGUGUGUGAAAAUCUCAGGAGAUCAGCAGGUUCUGAAAUAAUCAUACUAGCCUGUCUAGCACCAACAGCCAUGUCAUGUUAAGUCACUGAUGUCACAUUUCCCUCCUAUGUUUGAUGUGUAGAUUAACUAAAGUUCUUGAUUGCACAAAUAUUUAAUUACUAAUUGAUGAGACCAGCUUUUGGUUUUCGGAAUAAAAUUACACGUGAGAUUUGUCUUUGUUAUUUUAUGUUUUAGGAUCAUAGCAUUACUCAAAUCUGUUUUGCUGUAACAUCCUCAGGAUUCUACUUACUUUAUUAGUCUCUUUAAAAGGUUCAUUUUAGAUAAUGUAAAUUUGUUAUGUG